AUGCCGAUUUCUCCAAAGACAGUAUCCGAUCUUAAGAAGAUCACUGACCAACUCGACUUUCUACUCACCGUCUUGGAUGUCGAAGUCGGUGACAUACCCGCAGACCGGAGAGAUUGCUUCAUCUGUCAAGAACCAUUUGAAAAGACCGUAUGGAAGAAGAAGGGAGACAGCAUCAACAGUCCUGUCAAGCUAGACUGCGGGCACAUCUUCGGCAUCAGUUGUCUCGCCAAAUUGGUCUUCACCUCCGACUUCAACAACACAUGUCCACUGUGUCGCGCCCGGAUUAUUCCGGACUCAUAUGAGAAAACAACGAGCUACCGAAGCUGGCAGGUGGCUGCCCCACUCCUGCAACUGUUUACGAUACUCGACAGGGAUGUGGCUUCUGCCGCCAAGGAACAAGCUUUGGGCUUCUUGCAGAGAGGAUUCGAAAGGGAGAAAUUGGUCCCUUUGCCGGGAAAGCAUACGGAGCGCACCAUGGUUCUAUACGAAGAGUUCCUAAACCAGUUCUGCGAUUUCCCACCACCAGUCGAGGAUGGGCGCCGCCUGGAAGCCGCAGAGGAAGGAUCGCGAAAUCUCAGGCGAGAUCUCAGGCGUCACCUGGCCAUACGAAGAGAACUUGAUGGCCGGUACGAGCGGUCAAAGGCUCGGAUGACGGAAAUUCACAACCUCACUGAGCAGAAAUUGAAAAGGUCGCAGCAGGCAUUGAAUGGGGCUCGGGAAGCGUUGAAGAGGUCGACUGGGUUGUUUUUUCUGUAUGGAAUGGUGGCCACUCUUACCUUGUUGGGUCUCUGCGGGCGGCUUUCCGGAAGCUUGGGUACGCUGGUGACGCUGUACGAGCGCCCGUCCAGGAUCCUUCUACGGUUGUGGUUGAUCGCCUGCACAAUUGCUAGUAGGACGACUUUGGCUAUUCUCAGCCUGGUAACGCUCGGCAUACCCUUCGAGUAG